GCAGAAUCAAUUAAUCCCAGAUUACGUCGGCCAUACUUUCAUGCUACAGUGUCGUUUCAGCGACUUCUGCGAAGCCUUAAACGGUAUGUCUUCAGACGUUUGGAUUACGCACUAGAUAUCGACAGAGAGUCCUUUGUCAAUAGGACAAACUCUCAGCUCCUCUAAUGGAGUUUAUGAACUGGGCUUCUUCAGUCCUAAUAACUCUCAGAAUCAGUACGUGGGAAUCUGGUUCAAGGAUAUCACUCCCCGGACGGUUGUGUGGGUGGCCAACAGAGAAAGCCCUGUCACAGACCCCACGGCAAGACUCACCAUCAGCAGAAAUGGAAGCCUUCUCUUACUUAAUGGGAAACAUGGCGCUGUGUGGUCCAUUGGAGAGACUUUCGCAUCCAACGGGUCUCGUGCAGAGCUUUUAGACACUGGAAAUCUUAUCGUCAAAGACAAUGUCUCGGGAAGGAUUGUGUGGGAAAGCUUUGAGCAUCCUGGUGACACUAUGCUACCGUACUCAAGCAUGACGUAUAACCUCGACGCUAGUAAGAAGCGUGUGUUGACUUGUUGGAGAAGUUACACUGAUCCAUCGCCUGGCGACUUUGUGCUUCAGAUUACACCUCAAGUGCCAUCACAGGCGGUUACUAUGAGAGGCUCGACGCCUUACUGGAGAAGCGGUCCAUGGGCUAAAACAAGGUUCACUGGGAUACCGCAGAUGGAUGAAACGUAUACAAGUCCAUUCAGCCUUGAGCAGGACGCAAACGGGUCAGUGUCCUUCAAUUACUUACGCGAAAACUUCAAACGUGCACGGAUAAUGAUAACAUCAGAGGGAUCAGCGAACAGCUAUCAUCAUAGUGGGACAGAUUGGGAAGUAAUCACUAAGGCUCCAGCCAAUUCAUGCGAUUUCUACGGUGUAUGUGGACCUUUUGGACUGUGUGUUGUGUCAGCAUCUCCAAAAUGUAAAUGCUUCAAAGGGUUUGUGCCAAGAGACUUUGAAAAGUGGAAAAGAGGAAACUGGACUGAUGGUUGUGUGAGGCAUACGGAAUUGCUAUGUCAGGGAGACUCUACUAGUGAAGAUGCAAACGUCUUCCAUGCAGUUGCCAACAUAAAGCCUCCAGACUUUUAUGAAUUUGUGGCAAGUUCUGGAAACGCUGAAGAUUGCUACCGAGGCUGCCUCCAAAAUUGUUCUUGCUUGGCCUUUGCUUAUAUCCGCGGAAUAGGGUGCUUAAUCUGGAAUCAGGAGCUAAUGGAUGUAAUGCAGUUUACUAAAGGAGGAGAGAUUCUUUCCAUUCGUCUUGCACGCUCUGAACUAGAUGGUAAUGAGCGCAACAAGACCAUUGCUGCUAGCGUUGCGAGCCUUUCUCUUCUUGUGAUAUUGGUUUCGGCUGCGUUUGGUGUCUGGAGAUACAGAGUGAAACAUAACGCUAAUAUAUCAAAGAAUGCUUCAAAACUUGCAUGGAGAAAUGAUAUGGAACCACAAGAUGUCUCAGGUUUAUACUUCUUUGAUAUGCAUACAAUUCAAACUGCCACCAAUAAUUUCAGCCUCUCAAAUAAACUCGGACAAGGUGGAUUUGGCUCAGUUUACAAGGGAAAGCUGCAAGAUGGGAAAGAAAUUGCUGUAAAACGGCUUUCUAGCAGCUCGGGGCAGGGCAAAGAGGAGUUCACCAAUGAAAUAGUACUCAUCUCAAAACUACAACACAAAAACUUAGUUCGGAUUUUGGGAUGUUGCAUUGAAGGAGAAGAGAGGCUAUUAGUUUAUGAGUUCAUGUUAAACAAAAGCCUUGAUACCUUUCUCUUUGAUACAACAAAAAGACUUGAGCUUGAUUGGCCAAAGAGAUUGAAUAUCAUUCAAGGCAUUGCGCGUGGGCUUCUCUAUCUCCACCGUGACUCACACCUCAAGGUCAUUCACCGAGAUCUGAAGGUUAGCAAUAUUCUUCUAGAUGAGAAAAUGAACCCAAAAAUAUCAGAUUUCGGAUUGGCUCGGAUGUAUCAAGGAACUGAAUAUCAGGACAAGACUCGCAGGGUUGUAGGAACUCUAGGAUAUAUGUCUCCUGAGUAUGCAUGGACUGGGAUGUUCUCUGAGAAAUGUGACACUUACAGCUUCGGAGUUCUACUUUUAGAAAUCAUCAGCGGGGAGAAGAUCUCAAGAUUCAGCUAUGGGAAAGAAGAGAAAACACUUCUUGCAUAUGCGUGGGAAUCUUGGUCUGAAAAUGGAGGAGUUGGUCUUUUGCAUCAAGAUCUUGCUGAUUCAUGUCACCAAUCUGAAGUUGGAAGGUGUGUUCAGAUUGGCUUGCUUUGUGUUCAACACCAACCUGCAGACAGACCCAACACACUUGAGUUGCUGUCUAUGCUCACCACAAAAUCAGAUCUUCCUUCGCCAAAACAACCCACAUUUGUAGUGCACACGAGAGUUGAAGAAUCCCAGGGUUUGAUCACCGUCAAUGAGAUUACACAAUCUGUGAUCGAAGGGCGCUAA